AUGAUGAUGGCACGGAAACAAGAUGUGCGCGUGCCCACCUAUAGUGUCGGCGUGGUGGGACUGUCUGGCACAGAAAAGGAGAAAGGCCAGUGUGGCAUUGGGAAGUCGUGUCUGUGUAACCGCUUUGUACGACCAAGUGCAGAUGACUUCCACUUGGACCACACAUCCGUCCUAAGCACUAGUGAUUUUGGGGGCCGUGUCGUGAACAAUGACCACUUUCUCUACUGGGGUGAAGUGGUUCGAUGCCUGGAGGACUCUGUUGAAUGCAAGGUCCAUGUGGUGGAGCAGACAGAGUUCAUUGAUGAUCAGACCUUCCAGCCUCAUCGCAGUACAGCACUGCAGCCUUACAUUAAACGAGCAGCCUCCACCAAGCUGGCCUCUGCCGAAAAACUUAUGUACUUCUGCACAGAUCAGUUGGGUUUGGAACAAGACUUUGAGCAAAAGCAGAUGCCUGAGGGCAAGCUGCUCAUAGAUGGCUUCCUGUUAUGUGUGGAUGUUAGUCGUGGUAUGAACAGGAACUUUGAUGACCAGCUAAAGUUUGUGUCCAACUUAUACACUCAGCUAGCCAAGACGAAAAAGCCUAUUGUACUAGUACUGACCAAGUGUGAUGAAGGUGUAGAACGCUAUAUCCGUGAUGCUCAUGGAUUUGCACUCAACAAAAAGAACUUGCAGGUUGUAGAAACCUCCGCACGAUCUAACGUCAAUGUAGAUUUAGCAUUUACUGCCCUGGUUCAGCUGAUUGACAAAAGCAGAGGCAAAUCUAAGAUCAUUCCAUACUUUGAGGCUCUGAAGCAGCAAAGCCAACAGAUUGCAGCUGCAAAAGAUAAAUAUGAGUGGCUGGUGAGUCGAGUAGUCAAGUCUCACAACGAUACUUGGCUCAGUGUUAACUUGCGCAUGCAAGGCUCAAAUGAGUAUCAGGAUUAUAUGUACCUGGAAGGCACUGACAAGGCCAAGAAGCUUUUCCACCAGCAUGUGCAAAGGCUCAAACAAGAUCACAUAGAACGCCGGCGUAAGGUUUAUCUGUCCAGUUUGCCAGUUGCCCUUGACAGCCUUGUGCCUGACCUUGAUGAAAUAGACCACCUGAACUGGGCAAAGGUGGCUAAAUUGCUGGAGACUAAAGCAGACUUCCAUAAGUGGUUUGUGGUCUUGGAUGAUACACCUUGGGACCUAACAAGUCACAUUGACAAGAUGGAGGAUAACCGCAUACCUUAUGACCUAUUGGAUUUGCAGGCAGCUGCAGAUGUGUACAGUGUUCAUCUAGAGAAACUCAAGACUGCCAGGAAAAAGUCAGAAAUGAAGAAAGCUUUCAAGGAGAACCUGGGCACAUCUCCCUUCAUCACACCAGGAAAGCCUUGGGAGGAGGCUCGCAGUUUUAUUAUGAGUGAGGAGUUUUACCAGUGGCUGGAAGAACCAGUAUACAUGGAUAUCUACAGCAGACAUCAAAAAGAGAUAAUUGACAAGGCCAAGGAAGAGUUUCAUGAACUGUUGCUUGAGUACUCAGAGCUGUUCUAUGAGUUAGGUCUUGAUGCCAAGCCCAGUAAAGAGAAGAUGGGGGUGAUUCAGGAUGUUUUAGGUGAAGAGCAGCGUUUCAAAGCGCUGCAGAAACUUCAGGCAGAGCGAGAUGCCCUCAUCCUCAAACAUAUUCACUUUGUCUAUCAUCCUACUAAGGAUACUUGUCCUAUUAACCCUUUCUGUGUAGAUACAAAGAUUGAGCAUCUGCUAAACUCUCGGUGCACAUACCCAUAUGACCGUGUCCACAAGGACCCAAAUGUGGACAGGAUCAACUUGGUAAUCCUUGGCAAGGAUGGGCUUGCACGGGAACUUGCCAAUGAGAUCCGAGCCCUGUGCACCAAUGACGACAAGUAUGUAAUUGAUGGAAAAAUGUAUGAACUCUCCUUGAGACCCAUCGAGGGCAAUGUACGGCUCCCUGUCAACUCAUUUCAGACGCCCACCUUCCAGCCCCAUGGCUGCCUUUGCCUAUAUAACUCCAAGGAGUCUCUUACUUAUGUGGUGGAGAGUAUUGAGAAGAGCCGAGAGUCUAGUCUAGGCCGUAGAGAAAAUCACCUGCUUCAUUUGCCACUUACGUUAAUCCUUGUCAAUAGGAGGGGAGAUACAGGUGGAGAGACCGCAUACAGCCUCAUUCAACAAGGUCAUCAGACAGCUAGCAAGCUGCAGUGCAUCUUCCUUGAUGCUGCUUCUACAGGAUUGGGCUAUGGUCGUAAUGUUAAUGAGAAACAGAUCAGCCAGAUCCUUAGGGGGCUGCUUGAAUCCAAAAGAAAUCUGAAUCUCAUAAGCACCACACCAAGCAUCAAAGAUUUAGCUGACUGUGACCUUCGUAUUGUCAUGUGCCUGAUGUGUGGAGAUCAUUUUAAUAUAGAGGAUGUGAUAAAUGCUCUAAAACCCCACACUUUUCGACCUCCUCAGUGUGGGCUUGGUGGCUCUGUACUGCUUGACCUGCCAAUCGGGAGUCAGAAGCGACGCCUGGAGCUACUCAUCUCAUCAUAUCAUGCAUCCUUUAACAUUCGCAAAACUCGACUGGUACAUGGUUAUAUGGUCUUCUAUGCAGCCAAGAGACGCGCAUCCCUAGCUAUGCUGCGGGCCUUUCUGUGUGAAGUACAGGACAUUAUCCCUAUUCAGCUCGUUGCCCUGACAGAAGGUCCUGAAACACUAUUGGACAAUGUGGCGCGGGAUCAACUGAAGGAGGCAGAGGAGAUCGCUCAGGAUAUUGAUGGAAAAUUCCUGACAUUACCAUGUGGACAGGCACAACCCAAGUUUGACUUAUUCUAUCCCUAUUUUAAGGAUGUCAUGGAGAAGAAAGUAAUCAUUGAGGCAUCACACAUGUAUGAUAACACAGCAGAGGCUUGUAGCACGACUGAAGAAGUGUUCAGCUCACCUCGUGCAGGUUCACCUCUUUGCAAUUCCCAUCUGCAUGACUCUGAAGAGGACCCAGAUACACCCUCUCAGCACAAUCUGUUCCGGGAUGAGUCAAGCAUGGGAACGCACCACAGGGAACACUCAAAAUUGGCCAGAGAACUGGAGGAGAGUGAGAAUCUCCCCUACAUCUCUGUCAUGAGCACCUUAGAGAGCAAACUCAACAACAAGGUACCUCCACCCCUCAAACCAAAGCCCCCCAUCCCAUUUGAAAUCUCCAAGGCUGAUCUAUCCUACCUAGAAGCAGGUGGAAGGGACGGGCACAGGAGGUCUCUGACCUCCAUCACCUGGCCCCCAUCUGAAUCAUUUGACCCUUCGGAUUAUGCUGAGCCCAUGGACUCUGUGGUUAAACCAAGGAACCAGGAAGAAAAUAUCUACUCCGUUCCCCAUGACAGUACCCAAGGCAAGAUAAUCACGAUCCGAAAUACAAACAAGCCCCAGUCCAAUGGUAGUGGCAAUGGCUCAGACAGUGAUAUAGACACAAACUCACUGGAGAGAGCACGAAAAGCAUCCAUAAUUACCAAGCCAGUCAUGUACCGUACCAAGUGUGCCAAACUUGGCAAAUUCUCCAGCUAUCGAAGCAGCUUGAGUGUAGGAAGUGACGAUGAACUGGGGCCAAUGCGAACGAAAGAGCAAGAGAUUGGAACUCCAGGACCGAAAGGCGACAACACUUCAAAUUCCUUUGAGGGAGAUGGAGAGGACCCACGUAGGAGAAACAUACUGCGCAGCUUGAGAAGGACUGCUAAGGUAAUUUUGGGGAACUCUGAUGCAGGGCUAAAUUUGCAGGAGAGCAGCAUGGGUAGGUGGUGGACUUAAAGUAUUAAUCACUUUCUUUGACAUUCUCUUCUCUCUACAGAAAACGAAAACCAAGGUUCGUCCUCCCAUCUCCAAGACUAUGUGGGAGAGUAACUACUUUGGAAUUCCACUAUCUAGUGUUGUGACUCCUGAAAGGCCUAUCCCCAUAUUCAUUGAGAAGUGUGUGGAGUACAUAGAAGCCACGGGUGAGGGUGUGUUUGUGUGUUUACUACUAUUUUGAAGCUGUGAUUUUGCACGCUGUUCUGUAAAUACCAUUUAUCAUUUCUAAAGUGCCAGCACAUUCUACAUCUCUGUAUCAAGGGGUCAUCAUCUUGUCCCCCUCUAUCCAUUUACUGUCACUGUUUUUAUGGCUUUUUUCAUGUUUUAUCCAUUUUUAUUUAUGUGUAACCUGCUCCUGUCGAAUUGUCUCUCGUAUUGCCCAUGGCAUACGUCUCAUCUUCCCUCCCGCCUAUCUUUCUGCAUUACAUUUUCCGACUCCCAGUAUAUUUUCAUAUCUUGCCACCCCACAGUCUUUCAAUAUAAAAUGUAAUUUCUGUUUGUGUUUUGUGAAAUGAAAAGUCCCUUACUUUAACCCAGUUCUUUUUGUUGGCUCAUGGCAAAACAAUAGUUUUAGAAUAAAAGAGGUACUUGCGCUGGGUUAUGCACAAAACUAUGAAUAUCAGCAAAUUAAAUCCAAAAUGCAGUACACCUCAGUCGAAAAUGUUUUCCAAAUUAGCUAUUCUAGCCUGCGUUUUGUCAUUUAAAGUUAUUGCGCUACAGUUUGGAGUUUACUAAAUAACUGGGGACUAUGCUCUCUGGUGACAGCAGUCUGCUUAUUCACUACCAGCUUAUCUGUGUCAUUUUUCCAAUAUUCUUCUUGCAAGCAUGAUAAAUGCAUGCUGGUCUGUAGCAAUGUCACAGAGAGCAGGUGGAAAGGCUGCAGGUAGGUUAUCUUGCUCUACCUGUCACUCAGUCCUUUUCUCUUAGACACUCUACUGCUGCAGAUUGAAAGGUGGGAGAGGGACCAAAAACUUUAAAGAUAGUUACAUUAAACACUAUACAUUUAUUUUUUUAGCGUUUUUGGUAGCACAAUGUAUAGAGUUAAAAUUAACACUACACUCAACCAGGGUUAACUCCUCCUCUAGUGGCUGUCAUACUGACGGCCCCUAGAGGCGCUUCCCCAGCAUAGACUAAGUAAGACUCUAUCUCCAUGAGGAGCAUUGGAGGAGAGGUGAGCAGCACUGAGGGAGAAUAACACUAUAAUGUUAGGAAUACAGGCUUGUGAUACUAAUAUUAGUGUUCCUUUAAUUUAAGCCCAAGUUGUGACUGUAUUAUGACCGUUACACUUUAAAGCUAAACUCUUGCAAAAGUUGGUGUGCAUGACUAUAUCUUUAAUUCUCCCCCCGAAUAUUUAAUAUUUUAUCACUAAUCUCUGUCGGUUCUGUUGCUUAUUUUUAUUAUAUUUUGUGGGUUCACGCACUUUUAAUAUUUUGUAGGGAUACACUGUUUGUGUGUCCCACUACUUUAAAGACCCCCCAGAUUUGUGUUUUGUUGCUACCCCUGAUUACAGCAAUACCCUCCAUGAAGACAUUUUCCUGAUAUUUCAGAAUUUAAGGAUCCAAUUACAGACAUUCCAAUUUAUAGUUUUGAAAUUUGACUGAUUAGAUUUCUCCUGGGUGAAGAAUUUAGCCUGUGUCCUGCUUGUUUGUAUUGUCAGUCGGCUUUGGGGGGGGUCUCGUGCCUUGUGUAGCAUCAGAAAGAUGGCUGCUUUGAGUUUGGGGUUAUUCUCGUUAAUAUUUUAUAUUGUUUGUUUUGUAACUUUGCUGUUUCUCCUUCCCAGGGAUGAGCACUGAAGGUAUUUAUCGUGUUAGUGGGAACAAAUCCGAAAUGGAUUCUUUGCAAAGGCAGUUUGAUCAAGGUAAGGAAUAAACAGGGGAUUAUGUAAAAUAUUAUAUAGAAGAACUUUUUGCAGCAGUUUAGGGUUACGUGGAAAUGUUUUAUGUGUAAUUUUAUGAAAACAUGCUCUACUUACAAAGGCAAACUACUGGAAUGUGGUCAUUAAAUUGCUUCCGUUUUAAUGUAUUUCAUAUAUGGCCUCGUUGCCUUCCUUUAUUGUAAAUACGAGUUUCAAUGAUGUUGCCAAACCAGAAUGCAAGUUUUUUUUUUUUGGUUUUUUUUUUGAUGAAUUUUUUUUUAUGCCUUUUCUUUAGGGAAUGAGUAUACAAAGCAAUGUAAAUAGGAAUUUAGCUCAUAAAGAUACAAUUUGCUCUAGCUCUGGUAUGCAACCUGCAGGAAAACACAUUUCCUUUCCCUCUGCAUUACCACCAAGUGUCUAUAUAAAUGGUACACCUUCCUCUCCCAAACUCAGCUGCACAAUUUGUAGGGCAACCUCGUUGCUUCAUUCGUGUUAUGAUCAUUUUAAAUGGGAUAGAAACUGUAAUGAGGGAAUUGAACACAUGCUUUUUCCAUGAAUAAUCCAUUCAAAUAAUUGGGGAAGUUGGCAUUUGGGGCCGCUUCCCUUUGUUUAGAGGGAUUAUUGUUAAUGCCAUAUAAUGUUUGUCUUGCAGAUCAUGACCUGGACUUGGCAGAGAAAGAUUUCACAGUGAACACUGUGGCUGGAGCCAUGAAGAGUUUCUUCUCUGAGCUGCCAGACCCUCUAGUGCCAUACAAUAUGCAGGCUGAGCUGGUGGAAGCAUACAGUAAGGAUAUCGGGUUAUUCUUUUUAUUACAUUAUAGACUAAUACACGGAAAGCUGGAGGAAACACUGCUAAAUUAACAUUGCCUGAAUUAGAACAAAGAGAGCUUCCAAUAGCAGAACAAUAAACCGAAAUCGUCCUCUCCUAUUGGCUGUUCACACUGCUUAAUGUAUUGCAUAUCUAGCUCGGCCACCUUCCUUCCUGACAUGUCUGAGACAUUUUUUUCCCCCCCAUUACUUUGCAUUUAAUGCAAACACUGGUAUUUUAUAAAGUAUCAUUUUUAAGAGUUUUGGCAUAGUCUGUAUGGAAUUCCUUUGUUUGGCGAAUGUGUAAAUAUAAUUUUGCCUCUUUAUAAACCGCUGGUAAGACCACACCUUGAAUAUGCUGUGCAAUUUUGGGCGCAUGUUCUAAAGAAGGAUAUCAUGGCACUGGAGAGGGUCCAGAGACGAGCUACAAAAUUGAUAAAAGGAAUGGAGCAUUUUAGUUAUGAAGAAAGGUUAAAAAAAUUAAAUCUGUUUAGUUUGGAAAAACGGCGCCUGAGAGGGGAUAUGAUAACUUUAUACAAAUAUAUUUGGGGCCAGUACAAACCUUUAUCUGGAAAUCUAUUCAUAAACAGGGUUAUACAUAGGACACGAGGUCACACAUUUAGGCUGGAAGAAAGGAGAUUUCAUCUAAGGCAAAGAAAAGGUUUUUUUACAGUAAGAACAAUAAGGAUAUUGAAUUCUCUGCUUGAAGAGGUGGUUUUGUCAGUCAAUACAGAUGUUUAAACUGAAAUUGGAUAAAUACUUACAAAAACAUAACGUACAGGGAUAAUAUUCUAAUUACUGGGGUAAUAGCUGCUUGAUCCAAGGAGACAUCUGACUGCUAUUUUAGGGUCAAGAAGGAAUUUUGUUCCUUGUUUGUGGCCAAAUUGGAAGCGCUUCAGACCAGGUUUUUUGCCUUCGUUUGGAUCAACAGCAACAACAUUUGUGAGGAAGGCUGAACUUGAUGGACGCAAGUCUCUUUUCAGCUAUGUAACUAUGUAUGAUACACAGCAUUGUAUUGAUAAUUGUGUAUUUGUAUUCACAGAGAUUAAUGAUCAAGAGCAGAAACUUCAGGCCAUGAAAGAUCUACUCAAGAAAUUCCCCAAGGAAAAUCAUGAGAUCUUCAAAUAUGUAAUUAGUCACCUGAACCGGUAUGUGAUUGCUUUCUUUAAGUUUGUCAUAUUCUUUCUUUAUACAUACAUGCAUUCCACUGAAACAUGUUUUUUUUUUUUUUUUUUCUCCUUUAGGGUGAGCCAACAUCAUCAUAUAAAUCUCAUGACUAGCGAGAAUCUUUCCAUUUGUUUUUGGCCAACGUUGAUGCGCCCAGAUUUCACCACCAUGGAUGCUCUGACAGCGACUCGCACCUACCAGACAAUCAUCGAGCUCUUCAUCCACCAGUGCCCUUUCUUCUUUUACCAGCGCCCUCCCAUGGACCUACCUACUCCAAGCUCCCCUUCUACUCCUCCUCUUUCUCAGCCUUCUCCUCCUCAGUCUCCUCCUCUAACCCCCGUGUCCCCUUCGCAGACCCUGCUACCCACCGAGCAGAACAUCCUGUGA